ACGCACCUGCCGCUGGCUCGCCGAGCCCCGUGCCCGCGCCCCCGGGUGCCGCCCGCUCCCGCCAUCGCUGGGGUCGCCGCGGGAGCUUCCAAGCUGCAGGCCAAGGGCAGGCGCUGCGUCCAGGCCUGCCUUUGAAACAACCUCUGCGGCGGGCGGCGGCGCGCAGCCAGGGACGCCAGGCUGGGGCAGCUCGGGCCUGGUGCAGGCCUCGCCUCUGCUUGCGCCGAGGAGCCUGCAGCCCGGGGACUCCUGCAGCCGGAGCUCAGGCUAGCUGCCUUCCCUGGGUGCCCUGUCCUGGAGCCAUGGGGCCCACCUAGCCCCUGCCUGCCCCGAUGUCCCGGCCCGGGGACUGGUGACCCGGGCUGCAGGGGGAGCCCCCCCAGCGCCCCCUGGCCAACCUCGGCAGCCAGAGACCCUGGGUGAGCGCCUGGGCCAGACCCCAAGGCCAGGGCGGCCUCCCACACCCCUCUGCCCCCGCCUGCCGCCCCCGCCCCCGCCCCCGCCUCCGCCUCCCCCCAGGACUGGACCGGAGAGGCCGCUGUGGCCGCUGGGGGGCACUCCGCCCCCCCAGGUCUCGCCGGCCGCCCCCAGGAGUCCGCGGGGCGGCCGGGGGCCCCAUCAGCCCUUGCAGGACCAAGAUGCUCUCCCCCGUCUGCCCCCUCGCCCCCACCCGGCUGCCCCGCCCACCGGAACCUCUGGUGUGACUGGAGGCAGCCGGAUGCCAGCUGACCCUGGGCCCGAGGUGGGCAGCGGCUGGCCGGGCCUCCUCAUGUCCUGCCUGAAGGGCCCACAUGUCAUCCUCAAGAUGGAGGCCAUGAAGAUCGUGCACCCCGAAAAGUUCCCCGAGCUUCCGGCGGCCAACCCUUGCUUCCCACCUGCACCUCGGCCCACCCCCACGCUGGCACCAAAGCGUGCCUGGCCCUCUGACACAGAGAUCAUUGUCAACCAGGCCUGUGGUGGGGAGAUGCCUGCCUUGGAAGGGGCGCCCCACACCCCACCCUUGCCACGGCGACCCCGCAAAGGCAGCUCGGAACUGGGCUUCCCCAGAGUGGCACCUGCCGACGAGGUGAUUGUGAACCAGUAUGUGAUCCGGCCCAGCCCGGCAGCCUCAGUCAACUCAUCAUCGUCGUCGUCAGGGGCAGCAGCAGCCGGGGAGCCCCUGGAGUGCCCCACCUGUGGGCACACCUACAACGUCACACAGCGGCGGCCCCGGGUGCUGUCCUGCCUGCACUCGGUGUGUGAGCAGUGUCUGCAGAUCCUGUAUGAGUCCUGCCCCAAGUACAAGUUCAUCUCCUGCCCCACCUGCCGCCGUGAGACUGUGCUCUUCACCGACUACGGCCUGGCCGCGCUGGCCGUCAACACGUCCAUCUUGAGCCGCCUGCCGCCCGAAGCACUGACCGCCCCAUCUGGUGGCCAAUGGGGAGGUGAGCCUGAGGGCAGCUGCUACCAGACCUUCAGGCAGUACUGUGGGGCCGCAUGCACCUGCCACGUGCGGAACCCGCUGUCUGCCUGCUCCAUCAUGUAGCACCCACCUACCCACUGCUGGCCUCCGGUCCUCACCUGCUGCUUCUUCAGGGACCCGGCCCUGCCCUGUCACCCACUGACCCUUCCUCACCCACCAUGGCUUGUGGCCCUAUCCUGUGUGGCACUGUCGCUGCAGCCAACUCUGCCAUUAAAACUCUGCCAAAGUUUGCA